AUGAAGUACCAGACUAUCGCUUUCGCCACUUCGACCCUCGUCGGUCUCGUGGCGGCCAGUCCCUACCACCGUCACCACCAUGUGAGACGUAUCAGCAAGCGUGAGGUUCCCCAGGAGCACUCUCACGAGAUCUUCCUCAACAUCACCCGCGAGUUCCUGAACAAGGAGAACCCCAAGGCCAUUGCCGACCCCGUCUUUGGCCUCCUCGGAGACGCAGCCGCCAAAACUGGUGCCGGACAGGUCACCAACUUGGCUUGCCUCCAGCAGGAGACUGCCGACCAAGCCUUCACCAACGCUAAGGCCGCCAAGGAUAUCCGCGGCAUGUCCGCUGCUCUCGUUUACCAGACUCUUGAGCGCAACACCGCGGGCGUUGGUGACCCUGCCGCCGAUGGCGCUGCAGCCAACAACAAGGAAGUUGCUCUCGCGCUCGCCAAGCAGUUGGCCGCAGUCGGCGGUGAUCCCAUGCUUGCUCUCGAGAGCGGCACCUUCGCUCCUGGUGACAAGUCCGACACUACCUUUAAGGGUCUGAGCUGUGACACUGACACCGACCCUACUGGAUGCAUCUUCACUGAGAAGAAGCUUGUUCUUGAUGCGACUCCCGACGAGAUCACCGCCGCUGCUAAGGGUGUCACUCAGACCGUCACCGGCGGCACUGGUGAGCUGAAGGCAACUCACAUCGACAUCACUGGCCUCGCCGCUAAGAACAGUGCCACACCUGCUAGCGGCAACACAAACUCUAACUCCAACACCAACACCAACACCAACACCAACGACGCUUCUUGCGAUGCAACCAGCUCUAACAACGGCGCGGCCCAGACCCAGGCCAACAACGGCACUGCCGGUGGAAACAACGGAAACAACUCGAACAACAACGGCAACGCUAACAGCGGCAACGCUAACACUGGUAACGGCAACAACGUCCAGACUUUCACCGGCUCUCUCGGUGGCGCCCCUCCCCCGGUCAUCCAGAGCUCCGGCAACCGCCCCUUCUCCGUCAACGGUGACACCUUCGUCGGAAAGGGCGCCGCCCUCGGCCGAUCCUGCGACGUUCAGCACAAUGCCUGCGCCCGCGCCGUCAACAGUGGUCAGCUCGACGGUGAGGUCUCUCAGUGCGAUGAGCAGAACACUCAGUGCCGCGCCCAAGCCAGCCUCCGCAAGCGCUUCUUCAAGCGCCAGGCCACCGACUUCGGCUCCUGCAGCGACCCCUCCGUCGUCUUCAAGGAUGGCUUGCCCGAUCGCCAGGCCGCUGCCUUCAUCGCCAACAACCAGGGCGACUUCAACCACGGAUCUGCGCAGAAGAUUGGUAUCAUUGCUGGCUUCAUCUGCCAGCGCCUUUCUGACAGCUGCAAGGCGCCUGCUGCUACCGUCGAGAGCUGCAACAAGGCUCAAUCUGCGGCUGUUGCUGCUACUCAGGAUGAGACUGCUGCGAAUGUGUUCAACAGCAUGCUUAUUGGCGGCUCGGCUAGUGGCAACGUCACCGCUCGUGGUGAGCUCAGACUCCACUAA